UCUCUCUCUCUCUCUCUCUCUCUCUCUCUCUCUCUCUCUAUGUCUCUCUACCUAGCUCUGUCUAUCUCCGAGGAGGAUGAGGAGGAGGAGGGUACUUUCUCCCCGGCAGAGCUGGCUGAGUCCCUGUCGUCUUUAAAACCGCAUCAAGUGAUGGUGAUUGGUUCCGUGGUGUUGAACCAGAUAGUGGUGGGACUUGCGGUGUCCUACCUGAGCGUCCUGAUGUGUGGCAUCGGUGUCCUGAUGGCGUGGCGUGGCUUCUCUCCCCUCCGCCAACUGCCCACCUUCCACUGGGUGUGCGCCGAGUUGGCGCUCCACAUAACUCUCACAGAGUUUUGCACAGCCGCUUGUUUUAUAAGCACAUUCACAAGCAGCACCACGAGUGGACGGCUCCAAUCUCAGUUACCGCCAUCUACUGUCAUCCCAUCGAGCACACAUUCAGCAAUCUGUUGCCGCCCUUCUUCGGGGUAAGCUCCAGCAUAGAUACACAACAUAUCCCAUGGUGUUGUGUAUCAAGUUCAGAUGAUACUGUAUCAUGUGUAGUGAUACUGUAUCAUUCAUGGUGAUACCAUAGAGAAAACAUAGCAUAAGAACAUAUCCCAUGGUGUUGUGUAUAAAGUUGGGAUGAUACUGUAUCAUGUGUGGUGAUACUGUAUCCAAAAUGUGGUGAUACCAUACAGAAAAUAAAGCUUGAGGGUGGUUGCAGACGAACCACAUUCGUAUGUAGGAUGUGGGACCGUCAUACCACAGAUCAAUAUGACUAAACGCCCUAACGCAGAGAGACUUUCACACUACAUUCGAGAAAACGCUCAUUAGUGCAACACUAAUGUUAAGGUGUGUACAGAUAUACGCGCCGCGAACAUGAGCAAUUCACUUUUAAUCAGCUGAUGCCAAGCUUUUUAUAUCUUUACCUUACCGUUUCUGUAAAAAUGCAGAUAUAGUCAGGUGAUUAAAAGUGAAUAGCUCAUGUUCGCGGCGCGGAUAAUGUUCAGGUUGUAGGUUAUGUUGAGGUGAUUUCAUAAUAGUUUUUCAUCAUGAUAAAAUUUGUAGAACCAAUAUUGAUAUUGUGGAAUCUUUCCAUAAUAGAAAAAACUAUUUGAAAUUGUCAAAUUCCACUUUAAUAAACACAAAGUUCACAGGACAUGAAAUCAUGUAAAUCGUGCUAACUUUGUGUUUAUUAAAGUGUAGUUUGACAACAAUUAUUGUCAAUUUGAAAUUAUUUCAAAUAGCUUUUUUCAAUUUUUCAUAUAUUUUUCAUUUUCCCAUGGAACACCACUCUAGAUCUUCGGUUCAAGUUUUUGGCGCGCACUUUUGAAAUUAAUUUCCAUCAAAGAGUGUCGUAGAGUAACUGCGAAAAUUGACAAAGGCUGAUUCAAAGCAAUAGUACAAAUUCAAAUCAAGUAGCUGGUGCUGGUGCCAGAUGAAAGAAUACUUUAUAAGUUCUAGGUUGGCUAUGUUGUAAAUGGAAACUUUUUUUUAUUGUUGUUAUUAUCAUUAUGUUGUCAGGACAGGUGAUUUUCCAUAAUAGUUCAAUAGACAAUAGUUGAGCUGGUAUUGCAGAAUGAUUCAAUGUGGAGAAAGCUGAAGAUAGCUUGUUUUGCCUGCGCAUGCGCAGAGAAGCAAGCAGACUACAAUUCAAUCGACCAAUGAGAGCUCUUCAAAUGUUAAUUGUCACAAUUUACCAGGCUUCGACUGUGGGGCAGGAAUUUGUUACUGGAACUAGUUUCUGGUCAAAAUUGUUCCCAUGGGACACGGAACUUUUUCCCGGGUAAAUUGUGAAUCUUACAAUUUACCACCUUUCAUUUUUCCAGAAUGGGCCCAAUAUGAAGUACACAUUAAAGUACCAAUUACAAUUAACUACCGAGCUAUCUAAUAUAACCUACAAAUUUGAGGUAAAAUUCAAGGGAACACUAUCACAGCGACUGCGAUUGUAGUACAGAAGCUAGGGGGAAGCGUGGUGCUCAAACCAGUGGUACCACAAUCGCAAGGAAAAUAAUCGUUACCACAACGCACAACGCCAUGUGGAAGUAUCAGUGCCACUGCCAUGCCUGCCAAUGCAUUUCAUAUGCGCUGCGUUUGUGGUACCACAGAAGGAAAAUAGUAGCUCCCACUCCCACAUGCGAUUGUGGUUCGUCUGCAACCGCCCUAAUAAAAUAUUCCAUGGUAUUGUGUACAAGUUGAGAUGAUACUGUAUCAUAUUCUGUUAAUACUGUAUCAUUCAGGGUGAUACAGUAUCAUUUUGUGGUGAUACUAAUAAAUAAAUAAUUUUAUUUCCAUCAUAAAAUAAUUUCACUUGACAUUCAUUUCAAGUUUUGGAAAUUAUAUGACCACUUUGACAAGUUGUGUGGUCAUUACUGUAUCAUUAAUGGUGAUACCAUACAGAAAAGAUAGCAUAAGAAGAUAUCCCAUGGUAUAGGUCGUUUAUGUUCCAAAUUGCAUGCCGAUUUCUUGUUUGCUCAAGCCGAUUACUGUCGACUACUGUCUAUGUUUUAAUUCGUAUUUUCUUUUUUCUGUAUGUAUGUAACGCAUUUACGGCCAAACGCGUUGUUAGAAUUCUAUGAGAUUUGGCAGGAAUAUUCUUCCUUUUUUAACUGCGCGUCGAUGUAUACACAAGACUUUUUGAAAUUUUUCAUUUUGAGGAUAAUAUAAAAGGAAAAGUAAUCUCCUCCAUACUACGAUAUCACUAUAUAUAUAUCAUCUACUCUGAAGAUAGGAUUAAUCAGCUUAUAGAAUUAUUCAUAAUCAAUCAGCUGACAAGUGGAUUAUUCAUUGCAUGCAUUACACAGAUGUCUGGAGAAGCCGGUCAACAAGUGACACCAGAUACUUGUGGAUGAGAAAACUGCGUGAGGUCUACUGUUCACAGAACUACUAGUAUUACUAUUUUGGCCGGGUGAGAGUGUAAGAACGGCACAAUAUGAGAGACUAGUAGCGUCACAUAGCUCCACGAAAAAAACUACCAGGACUCUCGGCUUGAGUUAACAAUGACAUUUGACGCCCUAUACUUUGAGAUAUCUUUCUAACGCUCUAAUGCUAUCUUUCCUCUAUGGCUCCAUUCCAUUCUUUAUUAACGAGCGUAGCCUCGACUAUAGUGAGGUCCACGUUAUUAUGGCAGUAUUUGAUUAACAUUGUUGUUGCUAUCCUUGUCUAUCAUUCGACAAAGCAGAUAGCGCUAUUCUCCACCACCUCCGCAAAGUUCCCAGAUCGUUUUUUAAUAAUGUAGAAAUAUAAUCAAUCAGCAAAAUAUUCAAUCACAAUUUUAUUUAAUUAUUGAAAAAAAAUUGAAAACAUCUUGAGAGCGAGUUCUUCAGCCCGGGGAGCUCACUAGUUUAAGGGCAGAGACACACGAGGCAGUUUCUCAUACGAGUAGACACGGCAUGACAUUACAGGAAGCUCUCUGAUUGACUGAUUCUCGAUACGCCAACCCAAUUACAGAAUCGGAGAGCUUUCUGACAAUAUCAGCAGCAUCUUGAGAGCGAGUUCUCCAGCACGGGGAGCUCACUAGUUAGAGGGCCGAGACACACGAGGCAGUUUCUCAUAAGAGUAGACACGGCAUGACAUUACAGGAGGCUCUCUGAUUGACUGAUUCUCGAUACGCCAACCCAAUUACACAAUCGGAGAGCUUUCUGUCCUGUCGUGCCGACACGUCUGAAAAAACGCCUCGUGUGUUUCAUUGAACGAAUAAAUUCGGAAUUCUUCAUCUUGUUUGUGAUUUAAUAAAAUAGCAGUUCAUCGAAUGUGGAGUUGAAUGUAAAUUGCUGUAAAUUUGUACUGAAUCAUAUUAGUUUCAAGAAGUGAUUGAUUAAUUGGUACAGUCUGAGUCUUAAUUUAAUUUAGUCCAAUUUAAGUCACCAUGAAUACAAAAAUAAUACAAGGUUGUGACAGACAAAAACAAUAACUAUUAUUUCUAAAUAAAAAUUGAAAUAUAUUAGCCAAUUUUUGUUUAUUUUAGAACGCUAGUCUUUCAAAUCGAUUUCAUUGUUCAUCCUGUGUUGAAAUUCAAUUAGUCUGUAAGCUGUGCGAACCCUUCACCUGGCUUCAAGAUGUCCGUUGGUCUCGCUGGCAGAUUUAAAAUAAUACAAUUAUUUUUCACUUCCAUCUCUCUUUAGAUAGUCGUAGAGUUAUUGAAAAGUGUUUUAAAAUUCAUAAAAUAUCAGAGGGAUUUUAUCUUAAUUAGAAACAUGCUCUCCGAUAGGGGAAACAAGUUUUCUGGUAGUGAAAUUAUUUUGAAGUUUAUUUGUAAAGUUAUCAAAGUAAUUCAAGCCAUCUUGAAAUUUGGUUAGUUGAUGGAAGGUCAAGGUGCCGGUUGCACAAAAGCCGGUUAAAUUUUAAUCAUGAUCACGAGAACCAAUCAGAAAAGCCGUCUUAUCAAAAAGACUUUGUGUCAAACGUAGCUCUCUGAUUGGCUGACAAGGUGACUGUUGCAGAGUGUUACGGCUUGUCAAUGACCACGUGACCGAAAUGCCGCUCGGUGAUUUAGAAAUUAAGAACUGGUCGAAUUAAUUAUCGUAUCAUUACUGUAACUGAUAUUACUCUUCCUUGAGUACAAUAAAUAUCAGAUUUUUUCAUUAAAAAUCUAUAAGGAUUAAAUAGUAUUGUGUUCUAAAAUGAAAAGGCUGUCAUAGCGAAAAAACUGUUAGGACACUUGAUAAUAAAUUCAUGAAUCACAUUCAUUCAGGAUGAUAAGGUUCAUCAUACUAGGAGUAUAAGAAAAUAAAUGCCCGGUUGCACAAAAGCCUGUUAAAUUUUAAUCAUGAUUAAAUGUCACGAGAAGGCUUCUCCGAAGAUAUAAGGCUUCUUUGAUUAGUUCAAGAGGGAUUUAAUCACGAUUCAAAUUGAACAGGCAUUUGUGCAACCAGGCCUUAAUGUUUUAAAAAAAAUGAUAAAGCAUCAUUAAAUAGAAUUACAAAAUAUUUUAUUUCCUGAUGAAACAUUCAAGAAGCACCUGCCUGUCAACCUCAACUGGAGGUAUCUGAAAUCACCUUUCAAUAAAAUUGCAGCACCUACGGUAAGUUUAUUGUAGCACAUUUAUAUAAAAGAGAUUUUAAAAAAAGCUCUACAUUUCCGUUACUUCAUUAGGCUUUUACAGUUACUAUAAAAGCUUACAGUUACUGUUACGGUACAUGAGGUAUAUAGUUAAUGACUUGAUAGAUUAACAUUACCAACAACAAGUUGAGUCAAAGACUAAAAAUUAAUGACUACAGUAAUUGAAUAAUUCAAUUAUUGCACCUGUGAGCACCUGUUUUUGUUAUACAAAUAUAUUUGCUUCACAAAAGCUUGUAAAACUUUAACUGUGAUUAAACCAUUGAUGAGAACCAAUCAGAGAAGUCUUCUCGUGACAUUUAAGCAUGAUUAAAAUGUAACGGGAUUUUGUGCAACCGGGCACACGUUAUCAACUUAGCUAUGAUUAAUAGGUAAUGUAUAAAGGCAUUAUUGAGUACCGUACAAAAUUAUUUAAAAUGAAAUGGUUUAAUACUGUAGACUAUAGUGAGGUCCACAUUAUAAUUGACAGUAUUUGAUUAACUUUGGUUUUGCUAUCCUUGUCUAUCAUUCUACAAAGCCGGUGGUA